AUGAAGGCUCGCUUCAAAAUGGUAACUUUUCUGACCAUAAUGUGCAUCUUUAUCUUCAGACUCAGUAACUCAGUGGUCUUCAAGCUGACAAACGUGAAUUGCGGCAGUUACAAUAAAAGCUGGAUCAGGAUUAACCAUUGCCGCUUGAAGGCGAUCAAUCGUCACAAGACCGUGUUCAACUUCAAUGCCACCUUCCUGCAUCCGACUAGAAAUAUCAUUGUUCACUACCAAUUGUUCAAAAGGGAGAGUGGCUAUAAGCCUUGGCUCGUCAAUAUCAGGAUCGACGGUUGUAAGUACCUGCGCAAGCCCUACGAUGCCAUUGCAACGCUACUUUUCAGUAUUUACAAGGACUUUUCCAACAUCAAUCACACCUGCCCGUUGUAUGGUGACAUUUUCAUAAAGGACAUGUAUCUGAGCACGGAUGUUAUGCGACUGCCCUUACCCACUGGCGAUUAUUUAUUGGCAAUAGAUUGGAUAUUUUAUGGAAAUCCUCAGUUUGCCACUAAUGUUAGUUUUCAGUUCGUUGAGGAUCUGUUGAGAUGA